AGCAGCCGUGCCGCACGAGAGUGACUACAGCACGACGGACGAGGGAAGGGAUCGUGGUCGCAAAUGACGCUACACCAGCCCGAGCCGCCGUCGGAAGAGGCGCUGACGAGGUGGCUCCAGAAGCACGUUGAUCUUCUCGCGGCGGAGCGCAAAGAGGAGCAGGACCAGUCUCGGCUCCUCCUGUCCAAAUGCUCGCCAAAACAGCUCGAGAGGAAUGGCCUCGCCGUUCUGGGCCUGGGUGCCCUCAACGUCUCAAUCGGUCUCGGCGGCAAGAUCCUGGCAGAGCUCGAGAGGCCGGCCGCCUACCACACCUCGCCAAUCAUACCUCCACACACGCUCAGGCCUGGCGAUAUCGUCCAGCUUGAAGACCAUGCGACGGACCCCACCAAGCCGUUGAAGACCAAAGCCAGCGGCAGCAGCGAUGCAUACAGGCCUGCCCCCGGAGUCGUCUUCAAAGUCUCCGAUAGCAAGCUCGUCAUCGCACUUGGAGCCAACAACAAAAAGAAGCCCGAUGGCAGCGGCAGUGAGGCUCCCGAGCUGCCUCAUCGUAUCAGAGUCGUCAAGGUCGCCAACGAAGCAACCUUUGACCGUAUGGAAGCAACCUUGGCAAGGCUUGCCAAGCAGCUAGGGCUCACCAUCAAAACAUCUAGGUCCAAACCAGGCGACGGGUCUUCGUCCGAGUCUGAAGUCGAAGGGCAAGGCGAUGGGGAGGGUCAGGGAAGCAAGGGGAGCUCGCCCAGCAGCAACUUAAUCCGGGCUCUUGUUGCCCAGACGCCGCCCACAUGGGCAAAGGACGUUACCAUGCCGCUACCUCUCUUCAACACGGGCCUCAAUGAGUCGCAGCAGCGAGCGAUUACGUUUGCCUUGGCCUCCAAUCACUUCGCCCUCAUCCACGGGCCUCCGGGCACGGGCAAGACGACGGCUGUGGCCGAGCUGGUGCUUCAGCUGGCGCUGGGCCAAGAGAAGAGGGUCCUCGUUUGCGGUGCCAGCAAUCUAGCUGCCGACAAUGUCAUGGAACGUAUCAUCGAAAGGGGAGGCGAUGCGCUUCGAGCCAAGGGGCUCGGGAUCACGAGGAUAGGUCACCCUGCGAGGGUGUUGCAGUCGCUCGUCACCUCGACGCUCGACUACCAAUCACAGAAUUCGUCAGAAGGAUCGCUCCUCAAAGACGUGCGCGAAGAGUUGCAAGCGUCGAUGAAAGUGCUGCGACCCGACCGGGAUGCGCCAGCAGCGGGUAACAAGUCGACGUCGUACCGAGGUCAGGCCUCGUCUCGUGCCGGUGGCAAGGGGCGAAUGUCGGGGAGCGAGCGUCGGCAGCGCUGGGACGAGGUCCGAGCUCUUCGAAAAGAGUAUCGGAAGCGAGAGAGGGGCUUGACAAAGGCUGUCAUCUCGAGGGCAUCUAUCGUGGUGGCCACUUGUCACGGGGCGGGCGGCAGGCAGCUGAACAACGUCGAGUUCGACGCUGUUAUCAUCGAUGAAGCUUGCCAAGCCACCGAGGCCGCUUGCUGGAUCCCGAUCAUGCGAGCGAGAGCAGAAGGAAAGGUCAUCCUGGCAGGUGACCACCUUCAGCUUCCGCCCACCGUCAAGGGCUAUCGACAUUCGCAGGACAAGAGAAAGAGUGCCAAGCCAAACAAAUCAAAGAAACAAGAGGCAAACGCAGACGAAGCCGCAUCAAGACUUUCUAAUAUUAGUCUGAAUGGUGAUGGGGAUGCACAAGACAACGAAGAAGACGAAGGCGAAGGAGGGUCAUUUGAAGCCUCAAAGGCGAAGGGAAGAGACAAGCAGCGCGUGGUCCUUCGGCCACCACGGUCACUUGAAACGACGCUUUUCAGCCGUUUGCUCGGCCUCUAUGGGCCUGGCUGCAAAAACCUGCUCGAUGUUCAAUACCGCAUGAAUCAAGAGAUCAUGACCUUCCCCAACGAGGCCCUCUACGAAUCGCAGCUCAAGGCGCACGAGUCCAAUUGCUCCAUUCGUCUAUUUGAUUUAGACAAUUACGAGCUGGCACGUCCGGAGACCGAAGAGGAGGAGAAAGACGACGUGCGCCUCGCUCCCAUCGUUUUCAUCGAUACGGCUGGGUCAGACAUGUUUGAGACAUCCGCAUCUGCCUCGGACGACGUCGACUCGAUCGUCGGACGCGAGAGCAAGACGAAUGUGCACGAAGUUGAGCUGGUGCACGCACACGUAGAAACGCUCCUCCAGGCCGGCCUGAGACCGAGCCAGAUCGGUGUCCUGUCGCCGUACAGUGCCCAGGUCUCGUUGUUGGCGGACCGGCUGUCGGGCUUCAGAGAUGCAGCGUCCGGCGAGCGCGUCGAGAUUGGCACAGUCGAUGGGAUGCAGGGGCGCGAGAACGAGGCAAUCGUCAUUUCGCUCGUUCGAAGCAAUGAGGAAGGUAACGUCGGUUUCCUGGCAGAGAAACGGAGGUUGAACGUAGCCAUGACCAGGCCGAAGAGGCAGCUAUGCGUCAUUGGCGAUAGCACGACGUGCAGAGAUUCGGGCGAUGAAUACCUCGGCAAAUGGAUGGAUCACCUCGAGGAGAAUGCUCUCGUCGAUCUGGCACUGCUUCGCAACCAGUAAACAGCAUGAAGACAUCACUGUAACAAAGUACCUACACCUGUCAAAGAGCAUCUUUUUACAUUUUUCAUUGUUUGUGUACGGGAAAAGAAAAGGGAACAA